UCACGACACUAUAUUGCCAGUACGGAGCUAUCCAGUGAGAAAUAAAAAAAAAUGCCAGAAUGUCUCACUCGUACCGAGGCACCGUAUUUCAAAGUGCGACCUAGUAUCAAAACCUGUUGCAUAAAUACGUCCAUUCCUACGCACUAUCAUGAUCUGUCAGUUAUCACUUGUCAUACUGAAGCUGAACUUGAAGUGAAAAUCAAUACAAAGUGAAUCAAUAUCAACCAUUUAGAAAUCUGAUUCUUCGUCUCGUUUUAAAAAGAAUGAUAACUCAUAAACACAAAUACUACAUUGAAAAUCGUGGUAGCUUGCUUAUAUAUAUAUAAGUACAUAAGCAAAUAAAGAUCUUUCUUAUUUAUCAAGUAACAAAUUUCCAUCAAAAAUUAUUUUUAAAAGGAUAAAAAUGUUGGGGCGAAAACAAAGCUUGAAAGGCGAGCCUGUGCUCGCUGAUUAUGGCCCUGAAGAAUCAUUAAACGAAAGUGCCGAUAUAGAGUGGGUAAAUAAGUUGUGGGUGAGAAGGAUAUUGAGAUUAUGUGCUCUGCUCAGCUUAAUGUCAGUUUCUUUAAAUACACCAAAAUCAUUUGAAAAAUAUCCUUAUCUUCAAAUUAUAACAUUUGUUGUGGAUUGUUGUGUUACUUUAUUAUUUACAGCAGAAAUGAUAGCCAAAAUGCACAUAAGAGGAAUUCUCAAGGGGGAUGUUGCUUAUCUAAAGGACCAUUGGUGCCAGUUUGAUGCUUCAAUGGUAUUUUUUCUCUGGGUUUCUGUGUUACUGCAAAUGUUUGAGUUAACAGGAAUUGUGCCGCGAUACAGUUAUUUGAGCAUAUUAAGAGCACCAAGACCAUUGAUUAUGAUCAGAUUUCUGAGAGUAUUUCUGAAGUUUUCCAUGCCAAAGUCCAGAAUUAACCAAAUUUUCAAGCGAUCAAGUCAGCAGAUAUACAAUGUGACUCUCUUUUUUCUCUUCUUCAUGUCUUUGUAUAGUUUGCUUGGUGUUCAAUUUUUUGGUGAGCUUACACAUCACUGUGUAAGGAACAAUACAAGUCCAAAUGACAUAACCAUAAACUCGCUAGCUAUACCGGACACAUUUUGCUCCCCUGAUCCAGACUCUGGUUAUCAAUGUCCACCUGGGAUGAAGUGUAUGAAACUUAAUUUAUCAAAAUAUAUUAUGGGCUUUAAUGGAUUUGAGGAAUUCACAACAAGUUUAUUUACGGUUUAUCAAGCAUCCUCUCAAGAAGGUUGGGUGUUCAUUAUGUAUCGGGCUAUAGAUUCUUUACCAACCUGGAGAUCUGCACUUUAUUUCAGUACAAUGAUAUUUUUUCUGGCUUGGUUAGUAAAAAACGUAUUUAUAGCGGUUAUAACGGAAACAUUCAACGAGAUAAGGGUACAGUUCCAACAGAUGUGGGGCGUCAGGAAUCCCAUCACCAAAGGCAGCACCACACAGUUUUUCACCGGUGAUGACAAUGGCUGGAAGCUUGUUACAAUCGAUGAAAAUAAACAUUCAGGGACCGCACCAGAAAUACUGCAUAAAAUGUUACGAUCAGCGUAUUUUCGGCUCCUAGUAAUGGGCGUGGUACUCGCAAAUGGUGUAAUCACAUCUUCAAUGCAUUUUGAACACGAUGGCAAUCCGAGAGAAUUUUUCUAUCAAAAAUAUUACUAUAUUGAAAUUGCGUUCACAAUUUUUUUGGACUUGGAAGCCUUAAUGAAAAUAUGGUGUUUGGGUUUAAAGGGUUAUUUCAAACAUUCUGUGCACAAGUUUGAGUUACUCUUGGCUAUUGGAACCACCAUUCACAUCAUCCCACAACUCUACAUGUCUGGAUUUACAUAUUUUCAGGUUCUCAGAGUGGUGCGAUUAAUAAAGGCGUCACCUAUACUAGAAGGAUUCGUGUACAAAAUUUUCGGUCCCGGAAAAAAGCUCGGUAGCCUCAUAAUAUUCACCAUGUGUUUGCUUAUAAUCAGCUCGUCAAUAUCUAUGCAACUGUUUUGUUUUCUAUGUGAAUUCACCAAAUUCGAGACUUUUGAUGAGGCCUUUAUGUCCAUGUUCCAAAUAUUGACGCAAGAGGCUUGGGUCGAAGUGAUGGACGAGACAAUGGUUAGAACGAGUCAAACUCUGACACCACUUGUCGCAAUAUACUUUAUAUUGUAUCACCUGUUUGUUACUUUGAUUGUAUUAUCGCUAUUCGUGGCUGUUAUUUUGGACAACCUUGAAUUGGACGAAGAUAUAAAAAAAUUGAAGCAGCUAAAAUAUAGACAGCAAAGUGCAGAAAUUAAAGAAAGCUUGCCGUUUCGACUGAGAAUUUUUGAAAAAUUCCCAGACAGUCCCCAAAUGACGAAGCUUCAUAAAGUUCCGGGAGAUUUCAACUUGCCAAAGGUGCGCGAGUCGUUCAUGCGGCAGUUCGUGUGCGAGGUGGAGGGCGAGGAGGAGGGCGCGGCGAGCGCGGCGGGCGCGGGCGCGGCGCGCGCGGCGCCGGGGGACGCGUCGCGCCGCGCGCUGCAGUACAUCGGCAUCGCCAAGAUCGCCUUCCCCUACCGCAAGAGGUGCCUCGUCAAAACGCUCGUCGUCGCGCCGCCCUCGCAACGGCCCAGCGAGGCUCUCAGGCGACACGUCGUCAGUUCCAUUAUCGAAGAUUCUAACAAUCAUCGGCCUCUAUUAGGAGACUCUGCCAUGUUGGCCACCGGAGGGAAAUCAGGCCUUAAACCACAAGGAACCAUUUCAAGUGCAAAACAACUACGAGUCGAUCAAAAAAAGUUUGGUUCGCGAUCCAUAAGGCGUUCGGUUCGCAGCGGCUCUAUAAAACUGAAGCAAACGUACGAGCAUUUGUUGGAAAACGGCGACAUCGGCGCGGCGUCGCGCGUCGUGCCGUCGUCCCGCGCGCGCCCGCCCUACCUCGACAUCCGCCUGCUGCAGGCCAAGCGGCAGCAGGCCGAGAUGCGCAGAAAUCAACGCGAAGAGGACCUAAGAGAGAAUCAUCCGUUGUUCGAUACACCUCUCCUCAUAGUGCCGAGAGAAUCUCGCUUCAGGAAAAUAUGUCGCGCGAUAGUAGACGCACGAUACGACGCGAGGCUACGCGACCCUAUUACCGGCAACGAGAGAAAAGUCCAUUACAAGAGCUUUCACAAUUUCCUUGGCCUGGUAACGUACAUGGAUUGGGUUAUGAUCAUGGUGACCACGAUGUCUUGUUUGUCGAUGAUGUUUGAAACACCUACUUACAGAGUUAUGGAAAACUUUGUGCUUCAGAUAGCCGAAUAUGGAUUUGUGAUAUUUAUGAGCCUUGAGUUAGCUUUAAAAAUAUUGGCUGAUGGGCUUUUCUUCACACCGAAAGCCUACUUGAAAGACGCUGCAGCAGUAUUGGACGUGUUCAUUUAUAUUGUGUCGCUGACGUUCCUGUGCUGGAUGCCGGUGGCGGUGGCGCCGGGCGGCGCGGCGCAGAUGCUGAUGAUCCUGCGCUGCGUGCGGCCGCUGCGCAUCUUCACGCUCGUGCCGCACAUGCGCAAGGUCGUCUACGAGCUCUGCCGCGGGUUCAUGGAGAUACUGCUGGUAUCGACGUUACUGAUUCUACUAAUGUUCGUAUUUGCAAGUUACGGCGUUCAAUUAUAUGGAGGAAGAUUGGCACGGUGCAACGAUCCAACGAUAACACGCCGCGAGGACUGCGUGGGAGUGUUUAUGAGACGAGUGUUUGUAACCAAGAUGAAGAUCAGGCCCGGCCCCAACGAAACCUUUCCUUCCAUGCUAGUGCCCAGAGUGUGGGCCAAUCCAAAGCGGUUCAAUUUCGACAACAUCGGCGAUGCUCUGCUAACGUUAUUCGAAGUGCUAUCGUUCAAGGGUUGGCUGGACGUGCGUGAUGUGUUGAUUAAAGCUCUGGGCCCGGUACAUGCUAUAUACAUACACGUCUACAUAUUCCUGGGAUGUAUGAUUGGCCUAACACUAUUUGUUGGUGUGGUUAUCGCUAAUUACUCUGAGAACAAAGGCACUGCACUCUUGACCGUUGAUCAGCGCAGAUGGUGCGAUUUAAAGAAAAGACUAAAAAUCGCACAGCCUCUUCACCUGCCUCCCAGGCCGAACAAAAGGAAAGUCCGUGCCUUCGCUUACGAUGUCACGCAGAACUUGAGCUUCAAGAGAGUCAUCGCCAUUGUGGUGCUCAUCAACAGCGCCUUAUUAGCAGUCACAUGGUCGCGGUACUCGCCGUACACGGAGCAGCUGGCGCUGACGUCGGCGCUGCUGACGCUGGUGUUCGUGGUGGAGGUGCUGCUGAAGACCAUCGCGUUCACGCCGCGCGGCUACUGGCAGAGCCGCCGCAACCGGUACGACCUGCUCGUCACCGUCGCCGGCUGCAUAUGGAUAUUCAUGCAUUUCACACUCAAGAAUGACCUUUCAUACUUCGUCGGCUUUAUGGUGGUGAUACUUCGUUUCUUCACGAUAACUGGUAAACACACGACGCUCAAAAUGCUGAUGCUCACUGUAGGCGUGAGCGUGUGCAAAAGCUUCUUCAUCAUAUUCGGAAUGUUCCUGCUGGUAUUCUUCUACGCGCUGGCCGGCACCAUCGUGUUCGGGAACGUCAAGUACGGAGAGGGUAUCGGCAGACGUGCGAACUUCAACUCGCCGAUACACAGCGUGGCGAUGUUGUUCCGCAUCGUGACGGGCGAGGACUGGAACAAAAUCAUGCACGACUGCAUGGUGGCGCCGCCGUACUGCACGCCCGCCGCCAACUACUGGGAGACCGACUGCGGCAACUUCACCGCCUCGCUCGCUUACUUCUGCACAUUCUACGUCAUAAUCACCUACAUAGUGUUGAACUUGCUCGUGGCUAUCAUAAUGGAAAACUUUUCACUGUUCUACUCGAACGAAGAAGACGCUCUACUCUCGUACGCGGAUAUAAGAAACUUCCAGAAUACCUGGAAUAUUGUUGACGUACAUCAAAAAGGCGUCAUCCCUGUCAGAAAGGUGAAGUUCAUUCUGCGGUUGUUGAAAGGUCGGCUGGAGUGUGACACGCACAAGGAAAGACUUUUGUUUAAAUACAUGUGCUACGAGUUGGAGCGGCUUCAUAACGGUGAAGAUGUUACCUUCCAUGACGUCAUCAACAUGCUAUCUUACCGGACUGUGGAUAUUCGAAAGUCAUUACAAAUGGAAGAGCUCCUGGCGAGGGAAGAGUUUGAAUUCUUGAUUGAAGAAGAGGUCGCUAAACAAACAAUACGCACGUGGCUCGAAGGCUGUCUCAAAAAAAUACGGGCUAGCAGUAGCAAACAACAAACAAGCUUGAUCGCUGGCUUGAGAAAAACGAAUGAACAAGCCGUUGAUCUCACCAAUGAAAAGCUGGAUAAAGAGAAAUUGGAAACUGAAGCGCAGCAGGUUGUAGCCAAUGCGGGGCGGACGGAAAUCACAGAAUCUACAUCACAACCAGUCAUGUCCAAUAUCACAACUUCUUCAUUUGAUUCACAAACAUCGAAACGGGCAUCUGCAAAGGCGCAAUUUAAAAGGUCUGGCUUGCCAUCUACCAGCGUACCUAGGCCUGACAGCCCAGUGAAGAAAUAUUUGCAACCUACACUGAGCGAUCCACAUCCGGCACUCAAUAAGAAACCAACGCCGACGCAGCACCGCAACAGCCGCGGCAACGUGCACGCGGGUGCGGGCGGGGCGGGCGCGGGUCUCGGCGCGGGCGGGGGCGGGGCGUGCGAGCAGCCCGCGCUGCAGGAGGUGCGCGCGUGGUGGGGCGCGCAGCUGGCCGGCGCGGCGCAUGCGCACACGCGCGCCGCUAUACAUGCUGAUUGAACACUUAUUUAUAUUACGGCUAGUAUUAUUUUGUUCUCUUUGUGAUUGAUAGUUGACUUUUUUACUUGCAGCACGGCUUGCGUGAAAGUCUUCCCGGAAUAAAAUUCCUUCGGUAACAUAUAACCGUCAUAAAAAGUCAUAACCGAUGUGUUAUUCCAGGAUAUUAGAUAUUAUAUAUCUGUGUUCCAAAUUUUAUUCAAAUUCAUAGUAAUAUCAAAAUAUUAUUUGAUUAAGUUGCGUAUUUCAUGUUAUCAAUAUGUGACCUGCUAGUUGUAUAUUUACAAUCAAUUUAUUUAUUUUAAUUUUAUAAGUUAUAUAAAAAAUAUUAAAAAACUGCCAUAUGCGCAAAGGCAUCGACCAUACAGCCUUAAAGAUAAUUGAGAUUGUCUCUUAUAUGUCUGUAAUAUUAAUAUUAGUAGGCUCGCUUCUAUUACAUCACGGAACGGAUAGACUCGACGAAAUAUGGAUAUAUUAUAUACACCUUUGCCCACCAAUUCGGGUAUAAAUGCGUGAGAUAAUAUUACUUCGUUUCUAAAGUUUGUAAAACUUAGGAUGAGCCCUGUGAUAGCUGUGAAAGUAACGUGUCUGAAGCUUGGAGCAAAUUAAAAAUUAAUGCUUAAUUUCGAUUAUUGACAAUCUCUAUCGAUUAAACUCGUAUUUCAGUUAAUAAUGAACAGUGCCUUCCCAAAAAUAUUUCAAUGAAUUUUACAAAUAGUAAUAAUAUGUUGUAUAUUUUUGUUCAUUAAAAGACUGUACACAUACAUUUUUAAUUUAAAAUAACUUUUUAUUCGAUUUGUUUGCCAAAUCGAUAACUUAUAAACGGUGGUAAGGAACGUUACUAGUAGGGGUCGCAAUACCGGACCAUUUUUCAAAACCGGUAUUUUCGGUAUUGACCUAAAUUAAAUUCCGGCAUUCCGGCAUUCCGGUAUUUUCGGUAUUUGAAGAAAUAUAAGAAAAAUAGGAAAUAUACAUUUAAGUUGGUAAUUAAAUGUCAAAUUUUAAUGACAGCUUAGUGGUUAGUUAAAGGCUGAAUGAAAAGAGAUUAUUUUCGUAAGCCAACGUUCAUGCCGUUCUGAUUUCUGAGAGCUGGCUCAAACCUCACCUUCCUUAUACCCUUUACACCUUCCCUGGUUUCAUUUUGAUUAGAAAUGAUCGAGUUGACAUGAGAGGCGGAGUUGCUAUAUAUUUAUGUAGCGACCUGAAAUAUAAAACUGUAAUAUCUUCCUUUGCUUCUUAUUCUACUUAUGCGAAAUUUCUGCUUCUUGAGGUUUGGGUAAAGAGAGUGAAAACCUUACUAGGUGUAAUUUACUGUCCCUCAUCUCUUGAUUACUUCUCCAGUCUGGAAACAGUGGAAUUCUGAAUAAGCUCAUCACAUCAUCAUGGGUGAUUUAAAUACUGAUCUCCUUGCCAGCCACUCUUCCCGAUCGCGUAAACUCCUCACUAUCCUUGACUCUGCUAAACAGCAUGUCCUACCACUGUAAGCCACCCACCAUGAAAUGGAUGGUCUCGACACUUGGCUUGACAUUAUCCUCACCUCUGCUCUUUCCUCUGUUUUCUCCCACGGUCAAUUUCCCGCUCCUGGCUUCCCUCACCAUGAUCUCAUCUACAUGUCUUACGCCCUUAAACCUCCCAAGUUCCCCUCGAAGAUAUUGCACUUGCGUAGUUUUGGUCGCAUCGAUGCGGAUAAGCUGAAAGGAGACGCUGCUAACUUUAACUGGGAUCACCUAUUGGCAGCCACCUCUGUUGAUAAAGUCGCAAUUUUUAACCGCGUUGUCUGUUAACUCUUUGAUACCCAUGCCCCUUUAAAGAAAAUUAAAU